AUGCGCAUACUCUCAUUUUUACGACUCACCCUGCUCGUUCUGAGCCUUUGGCCCGCUCGAAUUAUUGCGGCCGAUACUCUCAGCACCGACGGCGUGUCAACUUGUUUGGACGGCUCUGAUAUUGAGGUCAAGAAGAUGCAUAUUACCUACACUGGUUCAACAAGAGAAGUUGUAUUUGAUGUUUCGGGAACAAAUAAGAAAGUCCAGAACGUCACCGCUUCUCUGGAGGUUUUUGCUUACGGUAAUAAAGUGUAUACUAAGGACUUCAACCCUUGCAGUGCAGACAACCAUAUCGCGCAAUUAUGCCCUGUUCCUUCUGGUACUUUCUCAGCAAAUGGGUCACAACAAAUUCCAGAGUCAUACGCAAGCCAAAUCCCAUCUAUUGCCUUCGCCAUCCCCGACUUGGAUGGGCAGGCAACACUUAAGCUAAAAUCAAAGGAUGACAACAAAGAGGUCGCUUGUAUUCAGUCGAAUUUGUCCAACGGAAAGACCAUGCAAAUAUCUGGUGUCUCGUAUGCCGCUGCUGGCGUGGCUGGCGCAGCUCUCGCACUGAGUGGUUUGUCUGCCAUCAGUGCUGCUGGUCACCCUGGGGCACACUCAUCUGGUCCUGGUUUUGGCGAUGUGAUGGGGUGGUUUCAUACGAUGGCCACAAAUGGCAUGCUCAGUGUCAAUUAUCCCAUGGUGUAUCGUAGUUUUUCGAAAAAUUUUGCUUUCAGCACCGGGCUAAUCCCGUGGGGGCACAUGCAACAAUCCAUCGACAAAUUCAGAAAAUCUACCGGUGGCAAUCUUACAGAAGCCAGCUACGACUUUCUUCGCAACGCAACACUGGAGUAUAGUGAUGGAUCGUCACCCUCCAAGGCUAAGCGAGGAUGGAAUAUGGUUGUCGGAGCCGUGCAGCUGGCUGCACGGGAACUUUCGACUUCAUAUGAUAGCUCGAGUGCUAGCAACAACACCAGCGAUGACAGCGAAUUUAAGAAGACGGUCAAAGGAGUCGAAGCUUUUGCGGCCGAACUUACUAUUCCUCAAGCGAAUGUAUUCAUGACGGUCUUGCUGAUCUUCGCUAUUGUCAUUGCCGCCAUUGCUGUGGGUAUCUUGCUUGGCAAGGUUAUUCUCGAAUUGUGGGCUCUGUAUGGAACAUUUCCCAAAAAACUCACGAAUUUCCGCAAGGACUACUGGGGUAUUAUGGCUCGAACUAUCACCAACUUGAUUCUCAUCGUUUAUGGUAUCUGGGUAUUAUAUUGCGUCUACCAGCUUGCGAACGGAGAUUCGUGGCUUGCUAAGGUCCUGGCAGCUGUCACGCUUACGUUGUUUACAGCUGUCCUGUUGUUUUUCGGUUUCCGAAUUACCCAUCUCGCACGCAAAUACAAGAAAUCAGAGGGUGAUACUUCGGGCUUAUACGACAAUAGGGAAACUUGGCGCAAGUAUAGCCUGUUUUACGACAAUUAUAAGAAGGACUACUGGUGGCUCUUUGUUCCUGUGAUCGUUUAUAUGUUCGCCAAAGGGUGUAUCAUUGCAGGUGGCAAUGGCCAUGGUCUUGUACAGUCGGCUGGCCAACUCAUUGUGGAAGCCCUCAUGCUGGCCCUCUUGUUGUGGUACCGCCCGUAUGUUGCUAAAUCGUCCCAAUGGAUUAAUAUCAGCAUUCAAGUGGUCCGGGUCUUAUCGGUGGCUUGCGUCUUGAUUUUUGUCGAAGAACUUGGCCUUACGCAGACAACUAAGACCAUUACUGGAAUCGUUCUCAUUGCGGUGCAGUCUGCUCUGACGGGGAUCCUGGCCAUCCUCAUUGCUGUCAACGCUAUCAUCCUUUGCUGCCGUGAGAAUCCUCACGCCAAGCGGAGAAAAGAAGCCGAGAAGUUAAAUCGGGAUAUGGAUGAUCUCACUCCACUGGACGCGAGGGAAUCACUUUUGAUGGACCAUCCGCCUCACAAAAAUUACGCCGAAAUGAGUAAAUUCAACCACACCGGGCCUUACGAGCCCUAUCGAGACCAGCAUGAACCCACGUUGCGACACAGUCCUACAGCUAGUACAGAUCGCCUAGUAGGCCCCGGCUACGGCCAAGACAACCGACCUGGUCGAAGUUUGAGUCGAGGAAGUGGAGGAAGUCGCGAGAGCCAUGUCUCCCUUGAUGGGCGCAAAGCUACUACGCCUGGAUAUGGCCUUGCGUAUUAA